AUGUUUACAGUAACCAAAGAUUUUAUGAACAAAGAAGCGCCGCCAAACUAUGUGGCAGGACUUGGUAGAGGUGCUACUGGGUUUACCACUAGAUCUGAUAUAGGUCCUGCAAGAGAGGGACCCGCUGACUUUAGUGAUGUAUUACAAAAGAAAGCACAACAGGAUGAUGAUGACGACGAUGAGCGUUUUCAGGAUCCCGAUAAUGAAACUGGGCUUUUUGCGUCGGCGCCGUACGAAGAAGAUGAUGAAGAAGCCGAUAAAAUAUAUGAGGCCAUUGAUCAAAAAAUGGACGAACGAAGGAAGGCACGGAGGGAAGCACGCGAGAAGGAAGAAUUAGAAAAAUAUCGUGCUGAAAGGCCGAAAAUACAACAGCAAUUCGCUGAUUUAAAGAGAGGACUGGCUGUUGUUACUGAUUCUGAAUGGGCUAAUCUUCCCGAUGUUGGUGAUCUUGUCGGUAAAAAUCGCAAGAAAACGAAUUUACGUGAAAGAUAUUAUGCUGUUCCAGAUUCAUUACUAGAGAAGGCAAGAGAAGAAAAUCAAUAUGUCACAUCUCUUGAUGCACAGCAGCAGAAAUAUGGUGGUUUUCAAACUCCAGCUCCAGAUUCAGGAAUGAUGACAAAUUUCAUUGAAAUUGGUCAAGCAAGAGAUAAAGUGCUAAGUUUGAAACUGGAUCAAAUCUCCGAUUCUGUGAGCGGACAAACAACAGUUGAUCCGAAAGGCUAUCUAACGGAUUUAAAUAGCGUGGUCAUCAAGAGCGACGCAGAAAUUGGAGAUAUCAAAAAGGCGCGAUUAUUAUUAAAUUCCGUUAUAUCGACAAAUCCGAAACAUGCCCCCGGUUGGAUUGCGGCAGCUCGUCUGGAAGAAGUUGCUGGCAAAAUGGCACAGGCUCGUUCUAUAAUUGCCAAAGGCUGUGAAGAAUGUCCGAAAAGUGAAGAUGUUUGGCUUGAAGCAGCUCGUCUUAAUAAUGCGGAUACAGCGAGAACUAUAUUGGCUAAUGCUGUCCGUCAUUUGCCACAGUCUGUAAAAAUUUGGCUUCAGGCUGUAAAAUUGGAGACGGAUACCAAAGGUCAAAAACGCGUUCUCAGAAGAGCACUUGAAUUUGUACCUAAUUCCGUUAAACUAUGGAAAGCUGCCGUAAAUAUGGAAGAAAAUCCGGCAGAUGCGCGUAUUUUACUUACACGAGCUACUCAACUGGUGCCUCUUUCUGUAGAAUUAUGGCUUGCUCUUGCCCGGCUUGAAAGCUACGAAAAUGCUAAAAAAGUACUAAAUAAAGCACGAAGUGAAAUACCUACAUCACAUGAAAUUUGGAUAGCAGCUGCUAGACUUGAAGAACAAGAAGGAAACGAGAGAAUGACCGACAAGAUUAUCGUUCGUGCUGUAAGUGUACUCUCUGAAAAAGGCAGCGUUCUAGGCCGUGAUCAAUGGCUUCAGGAAGCUGAAAAAUGUGAAAGUGAAGGUAGCAUUGGCACUUGCCAGGCUAUAGUACGAAAUACAAUUGGUAUGAGCGUCGAAGAUCAAGAUCGAAAAGCUACUUGGAUGGAGGAUGCAGAAAGUUGCGUCUCUCACGGUUCAAUAGAAACUGCGAGAGCUAUUUAUGCUCAUGCUCUCAGAGUAUUUCCUGGCAAAAAAUCAAUAUGGCGGAGAGCAGCAUUUUUGGAAAAGUCUUAUGGCACAAGGGAAUCAUUGGAAGAACUAUUACAGCGUGCUGUUAGAUUUUGCCCACAAGCAGAAGUCCUUUGGCUCAUGGGCGCGAAAGAAAAAUGGUUAGCGGGUGAUGUUGAUGGUGCUCGUGCUAUUCUGACAGAAGCUUUCCGAGCUAAUCCGAAUAGUGAACAAAUUUGGCUGGCUGCUGUUAAAUUAGAAGCCGAGAAUGGCGAAUACGAAAGAGCAAGGAUGUUGCUGCAGAGAGCGAGAGAACAAGCGGGCACCGAAAAAGUUUGGAUGAAAUCGGUCGUACUAGAGCGACAACUCCACAAGACUACGGAAGCAUUAGCAAUGAUCGAAGAAGCUUUGACCAAGUAUCCGACAUUUGAUAAACUAUGGAUGAUAAAAGGGCAAAUUGAAGAAGAUAGAGGCGAUAUUCCUGCCGCCAGAUUAACUUACAGCAAUGCACUCAAAAGCUGCUCUAAAUCCAUAAAUUUAUGGAUUUUGGCUUCGCGAUUGGAAGAGAAAGCAGGCUUAAUAAUUAAAGCAAGGUGUGAAGCGAUAAGAGUAGAACUCCGAGGCAAUAAUAUCAAUAUGGCAAAAAAUUUAUUAGCAAAAGCCUUGCAACAUUGUCCACAUUCGGGUCUUCUUUGGUCGGAAUCCAUCUUCAUGGAACCUCGACCACAGCGAAAAAGCAAAUCUGUUGAUGCAUUAAAGCAAUGCGAUAAUGAUCCAAUGGUCAUUGCAACGGUUGCACGCUUAUUUUGGUUUGAAGGGAAAGUUGAGAAAGCGAGAACGUGGUUUGAAAAAGCUAUUAAAGUGAAUCCUGAUUGGGGUGAUUCUUGGGCUUGGUUUUACAAAUUUGAAUUGCAACAUGGCACAGAGCAACAUCAGCAAGAUGUUAUAUCACGGUGCGUUGCAUCGGAACCUCAUCAUGGUGAAAAAUGGCAAGUAGUUGCCAAAGAUAUUAAUAAUGUUGGAAAAAAUAUUGAAGAAAUCUUAAAAAUGGUUGCGAAUACUCUAUAA